GUUAAGCAUGAUCCAUUGGCUUUUUAUUUCAUUAUUUUUAAAUAUUGCCAUAGUGAAGUCAGAGUUAGUGGAAGCCAAAUACAAUGAAAUUUUUCCAAUAGUUCCGAAUUACGUUCUAAACUCGACAAAUACUGAGUGUGUGCAACAUAGUGUCUUAUAUUUAGAAAAUUUUCAAAAUUAUACAAAAUGGGCAUUUCAAAUGUGGGAUGCUUCCUCAAAAACUCCUAUAGCACAAAUGGUUGCCGAUUCCAUUAAUAUUGGACAUUUUGAUGAAUGUUUAACCGCAAAUGCACCAUUCGACACCCAACAUUGUUUAAUUGAUGUUAAAUUAACAUUAGAGCAACCACCAAAGACGAAUGAAGAAACUAUAUUUGACUCAAUUCUGACACCUACAAAUAGAUUUCGAAAUGUGCGAAAUUUCUAUCGAAAUGGCAUAUGUUUACCCAAAUCUUGUGAUUAUAUGACAUUAAAAAAUUAUUUGGUGACAUAUUUUGAUAAUUAUUCAAUGAAUAAUGAAAUGAAUAUCAGUUAUGAAGUAUCAUUUCCACCUAAUGCUUGCCAAGUUAAUGAACGUGAAGAAUUUGAUAUUUAUGAUAUAUUAUUUUGCGUUGUAAUUAGUGUGUUUGUGGUGCUUGUAAUUAUUUCAAGUAUAUUACAAAGUUAUUUGAAUUUAAAAUCAAAUUCGUUUCUUGGUAUCAUAAUUCAGUCAUUUUCACUAAAGCAUACAGUUGUCAAUGAUCUGCUAAAAACUGAUGAGAAUAACUUAAAAUAUUUACAUGGUCUUAAAGUAUUUUCAAUAACUUGGGUAAUCUUCGGACAUGGUCUAGCUCUAUCCCAUGCAGGAGUUAUAUAUGAUUACAGACACUCUGAAGGGGUUUAUAAUUAUCUACUUAAUUAUGUUGUUUUACGUGGUGACUUAUGGGUGGAUACAUUUUUCAUUGUCAGUGGUCUACUUUUAUCAUAUCUGUCAUUGUGUCAAUUUGAAAAGGGGAAAAAAUUAAAUCCAGCAAUGUUAGUCAUUUUACGAUAUUUGAGAUUAACACCGUUAUAUGCUAUAGUUGUAUUUUUCUUUGCCACAAUAUAUACAAAAUUAGGAAAUGGACCUCUAUAUCAUCUAAUAUUGGAUGACGAAAAACAAACGUGUCGUGAAAAUUGGUGGCUAAAUUUACUUUACAUAAGUAAUUAUGUAAAUACAAAUAGAACUUGUAUACCAACCUCAUGGUUUUUGCCCUGUGAUCUUCAUUUUUUCAUUAUUGGAGUAUUAAUUGUUAAAUUGAUUAACAAAAAUCAUCAAUAUGGAUUAUUAACACUUGGAAUUAUAGCAUUCACUUCCAUGAUAGCAUCAUCAGUAUUAACGUUUAUCAAUAAUUGGGAUGGUGUCGUCUUAUUUACUAUACAAUUAGUCCAACAACCAAGAAAUGAUACAGUUUUUAAUGAGCGUUACAAUCAAAGUCAUUUAAGAAUUGCCACAUAUUUGGUUGGUAUUGUUCUUGGAUAUAUUUUGUACACACAAAAAAAUUCAAAUAUUCAAUUAAAUAAGAGAAAAUCAAUUUUGUUUGGAACUUCAGCUGGUCUUACAUUAAUUCUAUUGAUCGUAUCUAGUCGAUUAUUUUAUGUAUCAAAUUUUCCUUACCCAUUUAUAGCUGCUAUUUUUGCAGGAUUUCAUCGAUUAAUUUGGGCAAUUGCAAUAUCAGUUAUAAUAUUUUGUUUUGAAUAUGGAAAAUUGGAUACAAUCAAAAAUUUAUUAUCGUCUUAUUUUCUCACAAUAUUAAGUAAAUUAACGUAUGCAGUUUAUUUAGUACACCCAGCUUAUCUUUUGCAUAUAAUUGGAACUCAAAGAGUACCAUAUGUUGAAGGAGAUUUUGCUCUUAUAAAUCGAGCUUUGCAAAUAAUAUUGAUGUCAUAUAUUAUUGCAUUUUUUGGAUAUAUUAUGAUUGAAGCACCUUUAAGAAAUAUAAUUAAAUUAACAUUGUACCCACCGAAGGAUAAAAAGACUUCAAGUUUUUUAAAUUUAACGAUCAAUGGCAAUGAUAAAAAUAAUACUGAUGUUGAGAAGAAUAGAUCUAGUGUAACUAAAUGUUAAAAUUUAUUUUAGUGUCCAUUACUUUAAAUAAACAUUUUUUAGAAAUAAUAACAAGGAAGCAAUCUAGUCCAAUAACGUUUCGUAUCACAAAACCACUCCAAACAAAUUCUGUAAGACGUAAGCAACCCAAUAAAAUUGUUCUUUUCGUAUCCACAAAAAUUAACAAUUUGGUGCUUGUUUAUGUAUAUUUAGAAAUACUGAUUGUACGUUUAAAAGGCGAUUAUUUAAAUGAAAUCAAUUUUCAAUAAAA